CACAGGCCACAGUCGCCUCAAUGCUUACUGAGGACCAAGUAAUCUUAAGUGAAUAGUUAAAACAACUUACAGCUUGCUUAAACAAAGAAAGAAAAAGCAACGUUUCCUGAAAUUAAUUAUAUGUGAGACUCUUCAAACUGGCCUAACAUAUAUAAGCAUGCAAGACAGAAGGCACGAGCAGGUGGUGCCUCUACCCUUAGUGCGGAAGGAUGCUUACUCUGCAGAGAAAAGGGCCCAUGAAAACAUGUCAGAGGCUUCCUCUUUCCAGGACUUUUUUUAUGAUUCCCUGUCAGAUAUACAGGAUGGAGAGGUUUCAAAUGAGCUAUCUGCAUUUCUCAGCAAGGAGGAGAUAAGUAAAAGCCUUGAUCUUGCCAGAGAAGCUAUUGCUAACUCAGUGACAGGGGAUCCAAAUGCAGAGCAGGAGUUCAGUCAUCAUUUCAACACUUCUUCAAACUCAUCAGAAUAUGCUUCUUCCAGGAAGUCCAAAGUGCAAGAACAAGAAGUUGUGGGAAGGCCUCAACUGGGUAGCCCAAAUCCACUAUUCAGCACAGCUCAAAGUCUCCCAGAGCAACAGAAACAGCAACCACUCACAUCCCAUCUGGCAGCAAGCUCGGUCCCUGGGAGGCAAGGCAGCAUCUCACCCUUGCUAACAGCUAGCCCCAGCUUUAUUCGGAGCCUAAGAAAUGCAGAGAGACGUAGUACAGGUACACAAAAGACAAGCCCAAAAUCCAAACCAAUGUCCCAGGGAGAUGCUCCUUUCAAGAACAAGCUGUGUGACAAGGCUGCCAUGUUCAUUGAGGAACUCUCUUCCAUAUUUAGAGAAGCAGCAAAGGCAAGAGGCAGGAGUCCUGAUGGGGACUCCUCUUCUCCAGACAGUGGAUACCUAUCCCCUAAAAAGAAACAGUCAGCCAUGAUAAAUGCCUCAGUGAAUCAGAGUCCUGUCAAAGCAUAUCCAGAAACGAAACCUGAAGUACAGUUACCUGAGGCUUGUCAGAAUGGAGAGCCCUUCUCUGACAGGAAAAAUGUCACUCAAGAAAGUGAAACUGCCUUCCACCACAAGCUCACUAAUGCAGGCAGCUAUCAGUCUUCAGCUCCUCGAUUUACCCAGAAACUCCGGAGCCAGGAAGUGGCUGAGGGAAGCAAGGUGCUGCUGGAGUGCAGAGUUGCUGGAAAUCCAACACCUCAUGUCAGGUAG